AUGUGCUCUCCGGCGAGGUUCCAUGAUUACAAAUAUCUUUAUUAUGCCUCUCGAAUGCAUAGUCCGGUAGACGUAAUUCAUACUGUUUUUCCCCCUCUCUCCUUCUUCCUCGCCUUCUCUUUUUUUAUCCUUCUCAUUUUUCUUUCCUUUUCUCUGUCUCUCCUUUUUUCUGUCUCUCAUCCUCUUUCUUUUUCUCCCUCUCCUUUUUCUAUCUCACCCUCUCUUUCUUUUUCUUGUCCUCUUUCUUUUUUUCUCUCUAUUUAUUUUUCUCUCACUACUAAUUUUUCUUUUUGUCCCUUCUUUCUUCUCUACUUCUUUCUGUCACUGUUUUUCUCACCCUCCCUCAUUCCCCCCCUUCCCUCUCUUUCUUUCUCCCUUUCUUUAUUUCUCUCUCUCUCUCUCUCUCUCUUUCAUUUGUCUCACUCUUUCUUUUUGUUUCUCUACUUCGUAUUCGUUCUUUACUUAUUUUUUUCUCUCUUUUCUUUUUCUCUCUUUUCUUUUUCUCUCUCUCCUUUACUCUCACCUUUUCUCUCUCCCCCCUUCACUUUCUUUUCAUCUCUCCUCUUUCUUUUUUUCUCCUUCUCUUACUUUUUCUCUCUCUACUUCUCUUUUCUGUCUACUUUUUUCGUCUCUACUUUUUUCUCACUUCUUUUCCCUUUCGUUUUCUGUUUCUUUCUCUCUUUCUUUCUUCUUCUCUCUCCCCUUCCCUAUCUUUUACUCUCACGUUUUCUCUCUCUCUCUUUCACUUCCUCUUUCUUUUUUCUCCUUCUCUAA